CCUCACUAGUUCCUCUUCGCUUUUCUAGGUCAGCCAGAGACGACAGCCAGAGACAGAGAGAGAGAUGAGGCUGAUAACGCACAACAUGCUCUCCUGCAACAUCAAAGGAGUAACAAACGGCUUUCCCCUAAAGAUCGAAGCUGAGAAAGUGAUCGAGAAGGAAGUCGACUUCAACCCUGAUUUUCUGAGGCACAUGUUCGCCAAGAUCGAGUGGAAGGCUCUUGCAGAAGCUGCUCGUUCCAUGGGAUACGCUGAGCUACCGGACGAUUCUCCAGACGCGGCGGUGAUUGAAUCCGCCGACGAGACCUUCCUCAGGAAACUCCACCACGCGUUGCUCGAGCUGCACUUGGAGGAAGGCGCGCUUGUCUGCCCCGAGACUGGUCGGAAGUUUCCAGUCAACAAGGGUAUCCCCAACAUGCUUCUCCACGAAGACGAGGUUUAAAUCAUCUUUCUAUUACAAUGUUUUGUUAGGGUUUUGUCAGAAUUUGAUGAUAUGCCUUCUUUUGAAUUGAGUAAACCGAUUGGAUGUUUUAAUAUUCUGAGUCUCUAUUAAACCGGUUUAAUUAAAUUUGA